AUAAAACCUUUUUUUGUAAACGCCUUUACAAUUUUUUAAGACGUGUAUUUUUUUUUGGACAUCCUGAUUUUUAGCGCUUUAAAUCUGCAGUUUACACGUGACAAAGCUAAAAGCAUAAAGCCAUUAAGGAUAUUACAGCACAAUGCAAAGAUUUGAAAAGCUAUAACAGGCUGAAAUUGAUGUUAUGUAAUAAUGUUUGAAAAAAUAUAAUUUUGAAAAUAAAAAGUGAACAUAACAAGCAGCCAAAAUAUUAAUUAAAGAAAGUGAUUGUUUUCUGAUUAAAAUGUAUUUUUGGUGUUUGACGAAGCAUAAAGAAAACGAUAUGAAAGAGAAGAUGAAGACUCAGAAGAUCAGAUUAAUCCGUCCUGAAGUUGGGGGGUUCGGUUUCUAUAUCAGGGGAGGAGCAGAGCAUGGUCUGGGUAUUUAUGUUUCUCAUGUAGAGAUAGGUUCAGAGGCUCUUCUUCAAGGGCUAAGGACGGGGGAUCAAAUUCUCAAGGUGAAUGGUAUUUCUGUAGAUCAAGGAACACAUCAGGAGGUCAUAGCGAUCAUUAAAGAUAAACCCAGUCUUGAUCUUCAGGUACGAAGCGGAGGUCUGAUACCGGUUAAAGAUUCUAAAUCUCACCCUGUCUCAUGGAAACUUGUCAAGGAUGGGGUUGGAAGCAAGGAGGAAACAGACGAAGGAAUAAAGAUGGACGACUCUCCGGAACAGAAGACGAAACUUUCAAAAACACAGACUCUUAUUCAGGAAAGCAGGAGUAGGAGUAGGAGUGGGAGUACAAACAGGAGUGGGGGAAGGAGUGACAGUACGAACAGGAGUGGAGUAAUGAGUGAAAGUACGAUCAGGAGUAAAAUGAAGAGUGAAAGUAAGAUGAGGAGUAAGGAAGUGCUGGAGGAUGAGGAAGAGGAGGAGCUGGUUCAAAUAUCUCUUCAAGGAAACCAGGGUCUAGGCUGCUCUAUUUGUAAGGUGACCAUUAUAAUUUAA